AUGGAUUUUCAAGCCAACAAAGCCAUCAGUUGUACCAAAUAUCGGUUCCUGUACUUCAACCCAAACUUCACUAAAUCUCUCAAAUGGCAGUGGCUCUGUAACCAACAUGGACCCAUCGAGUAUAGAAACCGGAAACGUAAGAUAAUUGGAUCACCUCCAUCGGUGAAUUCAAAAACUAAACAAAAGAAAGCAAGGCCAGGUUCGAACAUUACAGGACCAUCGAGUUCUGGUCUUCCACCAUUGUUUGAAACAGAUUCAAAUCCUGAAGCUACUCAGUGUCCAAACCAAAACAAAACAAAUGAAUUCAUUCCUCCACCAAGGUUCAUCGUACAGGACCAUCCUGAAGCUUAUAAUAAUCGAUAUGAAAUGGAGAGUGAGUCUGAAAAUGAAGAUGAAUAUGACGACAAUCAGACUUACAGUGGCUAUCCUGGUGGAGAGUCUUUGAUAAACCCAUCACCACAACAUAUCCCACAACAAGAAAAUCAUACCGUUACUUCAUCUAUUACUAUAGGGUUACAAAAAAACGGUUAUUACGACGAAGGGGAUCCAGUUUGGAAUUGUAGGUUUUGUCAAGCAUACAUGUGGUAUGGUGAAAGAAUUGGAAAACGCCGUCGUAGCAAGAAACCUGUCUUCUCAAUGUGUUGUAAACAUGGAAAAGUUGUGCUUCCUCGCCUCGCGAAUCCUCCAAUGGAGUUAAUGUAUUUGUUAUGCAAAGGAGACGAAUUAAGUAAACAUUAUCGAGAGUUUAUACGAGCUUACAAUAUGAUGUUCUCUUUCACAUCACUUGGGGGGAAGAUAGAUCAUUCUAUUAACAAUGGUCGUGGACCAUUUGUUUUUCGAAUGUCCGGUGAGAACUAUCAUCGUAUUGGUGAUAUAGUUCCCGAGCCUGGACAAGCUCCAAAAUUCUCCCAGCUGUAUAUCAUUGAUACUUUAAAUGAGAUAAAAAAUAGACUUGACGCUUAUGCCGGGUCGGACGGAGCUAGCGCUAAGAAACUAAGAGAACCACUUGUUCUUCUUCUGCAGAAUAUGUUAGAUCAGUAUAAUCCUCAUGUUAAGGCUUUUAGAUCUGCAAGAGAUAGGUUCGACGUGGAAGGAUCAACAGGUUAUAGGAUGAGGUUGAUUGAAAGUCGGCAAUCUGAUGGACGGACCCAUAAUCUGCCCACUGCAAAUGAAGUUGCUGCUUUGAUACCUGGAGAUUUUGUUUUAAAUAUGGAGCCCCGAGAUAUUGUUCUAGAGAGUACAAGUGGAAAGUUGCAAAGGAUAAGUGAAUUACAUCCGGCGUAUUUGCCUCUGCAGUAUCCACUAUUGUUUCCAUAUGGAGAGGAUGGUUUUCGAUUAAAUAUUCCAAUUGGUUUUGAAGACACGGCUGGGAGAAAACGCAAAAAUGUAACUAUGCGUGAAUACUUUGCAUUUCGCAUUUUAGAGAGGAAGGGGGAAGCACCCACGAUUACGAGAUCCGGAAGAUUGUUUCAUCAGUUCCUUGUGGACGCCUACACAAUGAUAGAAUCGAGUAGACUGCGUUACUUAUGGCUGAAUCAGAAAAAACUCCGGUCAGUUAGUUAUGAUGCAAUCCAGAAGGCAGCUGCAAAAGGCGGAGCUAAGAUGGCUGAGCAAGGGAGCCGAAUUUUCAUCCCAGCAACUUUCACCGGAGGAAAACGUUAUAUGAAGCAGCAUUACUACGAUGCCAUGGCUUUGUGCAAGUACUAUGGAUUUCCAGAUCUUUUCAUCACUUUUACGUGCAAUCCAAAAUGGCCUGAAGUUACAAGGUAUCUGAAAAAAUAUAACCUUACCACCGAAGACAGACCUGAAAUUUUGUGUAGAGUUUUCAAGAUGAAACUCGAUAAUCUUAUUGAGUUUUUGACAAACAAGGACGGCUCCUUAUUUGGCCCAGUUUCUGCAGUAAUGUACACGAUUGAGUUUCAGAAAAGAGGAAUGCCACACGCUCAUAUUCUCGUCUUCAUGCAAAAUGGAGCCAAAUUUCCAACAGCUGAUCAUAUAGACACUAUUAUAUCGGCUGAGAUACCUGACAAGACGGUAGAUCCAGACCUGUAUGCAAUCGUUGGGGAUUGUAUGAUGCAUGGUCCUUGCGGUCCAGCAAAGAAGGAUAAUGUAUGUAUGGUUAACGGUAAAUGCUCUAAGAUGUUUCCGAAACGACUGAACAUCAGGACAUCGAUUGACGCAAAUGGAUUUCCAGCUUACAUGCGUCGUAUUGAUGGUAGGUUCAUUGAGAAAAAUGGAAUCAGAUUAGACAAUGGAUAUGUUGUACCUUACAAUAGAAACCUCAUGCUUAGAUAUCACGCGCAUAUGAAUGUCGAGUGGUGCAUCCAAACGCGUGCUGUUAAGUAUCUUUUCAAAUAUAUCCAUAAGGGACCUGAUUAUGCUUCAGCUGCAAUGGAUAAAGAAGAUGAAGAUGGCGUCAUCGACGAAAUCAAAACAUAUUACGACUGCAGAUAUAUAACUGCAUGCGAGUCAUCGUGGCGGGUUCUUGCUUUUCCUACACAUUUUCGUACUACUUCUGUAGAGAAACUUGGAUUUCAUCUCCCUGAUCAGGAGCUGGUGUUUUUUUAUGAAGAUGAACCUAUUGAGAGUAUCCUCAAGAAAAAAUAUGUCAACCAAUCCAUGUUUCUGGCGUGGUUCAUAGCAAAUCAAAAAUAUCCAGAGGCAAGAGAUUUGACAUAUGCCGAAUUUUCAACAAAAUUUGUUUGGAAAGCAAGUAUGAGAGAAUGGGUACCACGUAAACGAGGCUUUGCGAUAGGGAGGAUUGCACAUAUUAAUCCAGCACAAGAUGAGCUAUAUUUCUUAAGAGUAAUGCUAAAUUGGGUAAGAGGGCCGAAAUCGUACGAGGAUAUAAGAACAGUUGAUGGUGUUGUAUAUUCUACAUACGAAGAUGCUUGCUAUGCUUUGGGUUUGAUGGAUGAUGACAAGGAAUACAUAGAAGCUAUCAAAGAUUGUAGUGAUAAUAGUUCUGGCACGUAUGCGAGGAAGCUUUUUUCGAGAAUGUUGGUAUCCAAAACAUUAUCUCAGCCUCAUGUUGUGUGGGAAGCUACUUGGGAGUAUCUAACCGACGAUAUUCUCUACAAGAAACGACGACAAACUGGAAAUCCUGAGUUGAACUUGACCAUAGAUCAUAUCAAAAACAUUGCUCUAACCGAGAUUCAAAAUCAUUUGCUUAGCAAUGGUCGUAGCCUCCAGAAAUGGCCCCUAAUGCCAAAGCCAGAUGAUUUUGGUUGUUACAACGGCAAUCGCCUUAUAGAUGAUGAGCUUAAGUAUGUUGUGGAAGAUCAGCUAAAGGAAAAUGAAAGACUUAUGGCGAUGAUAACAGAUGAGCAAAGAGGGGUUUACAACGAGAUUUUGGAUGCAGUUUUAAAUGAUAGCGGUGGAGUGUUCUUUCUUUAUGGUUAUGGAGGCACAGGUAAAACCUUCGUAUAUAGAGCACUCUCAUCAGCAAUCCGAUCUAGACGUAUGAUUGUUCUAAAUACCGCAUCCAGUGGAAUUGCUGCAUUAUUGUUGGAAGGAGGUAGAACCGCACAUUCCAGGUUUGGUAUUCCGAUAGAUGCCGACGAGUUUACUACUUGCAAGAAAAUGGAGCCAGGAUCAGAUCGUGCAGAAUUAGUUAAAGCAGCAAAGCUCAUUGUAUGGGAUGAGGCGUCUAUGAUGAGCAGACACUGUUUCGAGACUUUGGAUCGUUCUAUGCGUGAUAUUAUAAGAUCUUCUGAAGACAAACCUUUUGGAGGUAAAGUAGUUGUUUUCGGUGGAGAUUUCAGACAGAUUUUACCGGUCAUACCUGGAGGUGGUAGAGUAGAGACUGUUUUGCAAGCUCUUAAUUCGUCAUAUCUUUGGGAGCACUGCAAAGUUCUGAAGCUAACAAAAAACAUGAGAUUGCUCGCUGGGCUUACUGAUGAUGCAGCAAAAGACCUUCAAUCCUUCUCAAAAUGGAUUUUGGAUGUUGGAGAUGGAAAAAUAAAUUUGCCAAACGACGGUCAGGUUGACAUUGACAUCCCUUCUGAUCUGUUGAUCAAAAAUAUUGGAGAAGAUCCGAUUCAAACUAUUGCAAAGGAGUUGCCAGGUGAAUACAAGGUUUACCUUAGCUCUGACAGUAUAAUCCCAUCCGAUGUUGAUGUAGAAGAAAAUGUUACCUAUCCAACAGAGUUUUUGAACAGUGUUAGAGUGGCAGGAAUGCCUAGACAUAAUUUGAAGCUGAAGGUUGGUGCUCCUAUUAUGUGUCUCCGUAACUUGGAUUUGGUAGAUGGCUUAUGCAAUGGUACUAGGCUAAUUGUUACUCAGUUGCUCCCACAUGUUAUAGAAGGUAGAAUUAUAACUGGAAAUAGUACUGCUGGAGACAAAGUCUGGAUUCCUAGAAUGUAUGUCAGUCCACCUGACACAAAGUUUCCCUUCAGAAUGCGUCGAAGACAGUUUCCCGUUACACUGGCUUUCGCGAUGACCAUCAACAAAAGUCAAGGUCAAACACUAGAAAGUGUUGGUUUGUUUUUGCCUAGGCCAGUGUUCUCACAUGGUCAGCUCUACGUUGCACUUUCAAGAGUUAAGUCGAGAUCUGGAUUAAAAAUCCUAAUAACUGGUAAAGAAAGGAAGGCCGAGACAAAAACAUUGAAUGUUGUCUACAAACAAGUUUUUCAAAAUAUUCCGUAG